UGCAUCAUAAAUGACAAUAACAAUGCAAUGCAACCAACUUCAUACGAACAGCCUUUUCUUUCCGGUUGAAUUUUUGACAGAUCAACAACUAAAAAAUGGCCAAACGCACCAAGAAGGUUGGAAUCGUAGGUAAAUAUGGUACCCGUUAUGGUGCUUCCCUACGUAAGAUGGUCAAGAAAAUGGAAAUCACCCAGCACAGCAAAUAUACCUGCUCGUUCUGCGGCAAGGAUUCCAUGAAGCGUGCUUGCGUUGGCAUCUGGUCCUGCAAGCGCUGCAAGCGUGUUGUUGCCGGUGGUGCCUGGGUUUACUCUACCACAGCCGCUGCUUCCGUACGCUCUGCUGUCCGUCGUCUCCGUGAAACCAAGGAACAAUAAGCUGUUGAUCUCGGUUUGGUGUUUCUUAGUUUUGUAGGCGUUAAAUUUACACUAAAUAACAAAAUAACAACAAAAUUAGUUUUUGUCUAAUUUUCUGUGUGCGGUUUUUGCCACGAUCUGUGCAGUUUUGGAUUUUUUUGUUGUUGUUUACGAAUGUUUUCGUAAAUGCAACGGGGAAGCCAAAAUAAAAUGUGUGAAUAAAACAAAAAUAAGUUUUGUAUAAAACAACAA